CGCCAUUCCUACGCACGACUGGAGUUGAAUACACGCGCGUAUUGUUCGAGCCCCAAGCGCGCAUUCUCCCUCGGCCGACACCCUCACUCGCGGCCGAUCCAGCGACCCUCCGACCCAUCCUCCUCAUCCCCAGUCAAGACGCCAACGGCCCUUGCAGACGACCUGCAGCCUGCGCGAACAACAACACACCAGCCCUCGCUGUCGUGAGAAACGCGCCUUUUGCACUUCUUCCCUUCCUUCUCGCGACCUCGAAUCUCCCUUGCGCCGGCCCAUAUCGCGAUUUCGCAUUUUUGGAUUGCACUGCCACACCUCUCCUCUGAGCCUUCUCGAGCCCUGACCUCUGACUCCCGCAUCACCACCUCAACACCACAAUCCUAUGGUCUCCUACCCCGACUCUGCCCACGGCGGGGACGCCAUCUCCCGCACCCUCGCCCUCCGCAAUGCACCCUCUGUCGCCUCGUCUCGCGCUUCUCACUCCGGCUCCACCGUCCGGCGGCAUCGCGGGCACCGGUCACACUUCGGAGGGAGCAGCUAUGCGCCGCAGAACGAGUUUCCCGUUUUCACGCAUACGGGAGAUGUCGAGAUAGUGGUCAAGGCCGAGCGGGGCGGGAAGGAACAGCGGUAUUUACUGCAUCGGCUGAUACUGGCGCAAUGCUCGGGCUUCUUCGAGGCGGGGACGAGCGAGGAGUGGUCGCGGGCACAGGAAGAUGGGAACGCAAAUGGAGGUGGAACAUUAGCCAGGAUACCGGAGCAAAGUGGGAGUGGAGGGGUGGGAUCACAGGGGAAGAAGAGGUGGAGAUAUGAGUUGGAUUGGGGGCAGGGCGAGGAUGAUAUUCCUAUGCUUGUGCAGAAGGACCCCAAUACCUCCCUCUUCGGCGGCUCCACCACCGCCGCCCCACCCCCUGCGCGCAACAAACCCUCCACCCCCUCCACUGGCUUCUUUCGCAGCAUGGCCAACUUCUCCGCCCUGAACCUCCCCUCCUCUUCCGCUGACCAAGAGCCCAUCGACGAGACCCUCCGUGACUACGACAACCUCUUCCGCGUCUUCUACAACUACCCCCCGGCGCUCGACCCCAUCAACAUUGCAAACGCAUACGUAGAAUGCAAAACCCUCCUCCACCUCGCUGAUAUGUACGACGCUCUCGACGUGAUAGGACCGCGGGUAGACCACCACCUCCUCCGCUUCCAAGGUCGCCUCUUCAAGCAAAUCGCAAAAUACCCGCCCUCGUACCUCAAACUCGGCUACCUCGCGCGCUCAAAGGUUAUCUUCAGCGAAGCACUCACCCACGUCGUCGGACAAUGGCCCGCCGGACUCCCACAACUCCGCAACCAGACCCCCGCCGCUGUACUCGAGCUCAUCGAGGAUAAAGUGGAUGAGCUGGACGAGCUGAAACAGCGAAUCGAGGGAAAACUAUUUAGACUUACGCUUACUACGAGUCGGGGCGAGCGCGUGAACCCAGGAAAUGGGUGGCUGGACUGGCUGGCGAUGAGUUUGUUCAGGCAAUGGGUAGCGGAGAAUACGACGCCGCCGCCUGCGCCUAUUUUGAAGUCACCGCCGACGAAUGGGGGGCAUUCGAGGAGUGGGUCGAGGCAGCCACAGCAAGCGACGCCAGCGGCGAUAAACACGGGGCAUAUCUUCCGCCUGCUUGGGACGGGUGGGAACGCUUACCUGCCCCGGGACGAACUUAAGCGGUUUUUGAAGAGCACGCCGGGGCUGAGUUAUGAUAGGGAUACUGUAAGAAGGUUUGAAAGGAGCGUGGAAGAGUUGAAGCAUCUCGCGCGGGAUUGCGUGAAGCCGCUUAUGAGGAAUUUUCUAGAAUUGGAUCUAGGGAGAGAGGGGGGUGGCGGGUUGCCAUACUUGACGUGUACGAAGGUCGAGGAGAGGGAUUUUCCUUGGGAUGAGUAGGGGGAGGAUGAGGGGGGAUUCGGGAUCUUGGUCUUACGGGGUGUUUUUGGAAAGGGGUGAGAUGGGAUUGUUUUGAUACCCUUGUGCUGUAUUUGCAUCGCAUAUCUUUUAGGGGCUUAACAUUGGUACUAUAUGGGUUGGGAAACGGGGAUAAGGUAUAAGAGGCAGGGCAAGCAUACUGGUUAUGUGUUGUCUGCCGUACGAGUAUAGAUAAAGAAAUAAUUCGAU